AUGGAGGCAGGACCUUCCAAGCCGUCUCGCCCGGCCAACGGCUCCAAGAAGUCAAGAUCUAAUGGCGAAAAGAAGCCUUUCCACAGCCAAGAGGCGCUCGACAAGCAAGCGCACUCAAUCUCAUCCGCCACCUCCCUCCCACGCUCGAUUGAGAGCUCCACGCCUGCCUCCGUCCGCGACGCCAAGCUUCCGAAAGCCGUCACGAGCGUUAAGGAUAAGAAGCUCAAGAGCAAGCUCGUCCAUCAGCAUCUCUCACAGAAGCGUGCGGCCGAAUCAGCUCGUCUUGCCAAUGAGUAUCUCAACACAUCGGCCCCGGGUGAGGGCGCAGGGAUGAUCGAGACGGAAGGCGAGCUCGAGCGAACAUUCAAGGUGACACAAGCGCAGAUCAAGGACAACGUUGGCAUCGACACAGCUACGAAAGGUUUCGAGCUCAAGCUGGAUGGCGGGAAACAGGGCGUUGGGCUAGGUCCAUAUCGAUGCGACUACACGCGGAAUGGCAGGCACCUCGUCAUCGGUGGGCGGAAGGGCCAUCUGGCAGCAUUCGACUGGCAAACGGGCAAGCUCAGCUGCGAGAUCCAAGUCCGCGAGACGGUGCGUGAUGUCAAGUGGUUGCACAACAACAGCUUCUUCGCCGCAGCCCAGAAGAAGUACGUCUACAUCUACGACGACGCGGGUAUCGAGAUCCACAAGCUCAAGAACCACACGGAUGUCAAUCGGCUCGAGUUUCUGCCGUAUCACUUCCUCCUCGCUUCCGUCGGCGCCACAGGCUACCUCAAGUACCAGGACACCUCGACGGGAACGCUGAUCAGCCAGCACCGCACCGGGCUAGGAAACUGCAACACGAUGGCGCAGAACCCGCUUACCGCCGUGUUGCAUCUCGGUCAUUCCAACGGAACGGUGACGCUGUGGACUCCCAACCUCUCCACACCCGCUGUGAAGCUGCUCGCGCACCGUGGACCAGUGACAGGCAUCUCGAUCGACACUCGCGCCGGCGGUCGCGACAUGGCCACCUGCGGCAUGGACGGUACGAUCAAGAUCUGGGACACACGCAUGCUCGGUAAAGGCCCCCGGCGCGAAUGGCAAGCGCGUCGACCCGCCUCUGACAUUGCCUUCUCGCAACGCGGUCUUCUCGGUGUUGCAUGGGGACCGCAUGUUUCGGUCUACGACACCCACGCACCCCUGGGCAACGCCCCACCUGGACCGUACAUCACCCAGGGUUUCCCGCGCGCCGAACCGCUGCAGGUGAAAUUCUGCCCCUUCGAAGACGUCCUUGGUGUUGGGCACGCUGGUGGAUUUACGAGUCUGUUGGUGCCCGGAGCGGGAGAACCCAACUUUGACUCGUCCGAGCUGGAUCCUUUCGAGACGCGCAAUGCUCGACGCGAACGAGAGGUUCAUCAGCUGCUCGACAAGAUCUCACCGGAUCUCAUCUCGAUCGAUUCGACCAUCCUCGGUUCGGUGCAUGUCGCGGAGACGAAUGUGUCGGCUGCCGAACAGGAUCGCAUCCUCUCGGAGAUUUCAAAGAGAAACCCGGAGGCAGUGGCGAGGAGUGCGGAUGGUCGGGCGUACUCGCAGCUCAGCCGAAUCGAGCGGAUGCAGUUGGACAAUCCGGAUGCAUCCCCACUCGAGCCUGUCGGAGACGGAGAGGUGGAAGAUGAGCCUAUGACCGGUUCGCUAGCCGCCAAAAUCGCCGCUCACGAUACGGCACCGAAGAAGGAAAAGAACAGGAUGAGAGGCAAGAACAAGGCCCUCAGCAGAUACCUCAGGAAGAAGAGGGAGAACGUGAUCGAUCCGAACCGCAUCGCGGUGAAAGCGAGGAUGGAGAAGAUGAGGAAAGAGGAGCAGGCGGAGAGGAAGAGGAAGGCUGCGGCGGGUAUUGCUCAGGAUGACGAGAGCUUUUCUGCGUUGGACAUGUUCAAGAAGCGCUCGUGA